CUUCCUCUCUGAUUGGCUCUGGAGCGCGGCCAGGAGCCUGCGCCCUGCUUCUCCUCGAGACCGUUCCAGGCGGUGGCCUUUUCUCCUCUCCCCGCCAAGAUGAGGCUCGCCGUCCGGGCCCUCCGGCUUGUGGUCGGCAUCCUGUCGCUGCCCAUGUUCCUGCUGAACCUCCUGGGCGUGUGGAGCUGGAUAUGCAAAAAGUGGUUUCCCUACUUCCUGACGCGCUUCACCGUGAUGUACAACGAGCAGAUGGCCAGCAGGAAGCGGGAGCUCUUCGGCAACCUGCCGGAGUUCGCCGGCCCCUCCGGGAAGCUGUCGCUGCUGGAGGUGGGCUGCGGCACCGGGGCCAACUUCAAGUUCUACCCUGCGGGGUGCAGAGUGACUUGCAUCGACCCCAACCCCAAUUUCGAGAAGUUCUUGUUCAAGAGCGUCGCGGAGAACCGGCAGCUGCAGUUCGAGCGCUUUGUGGUGGCGGCCGGGGAGAACAUGCACCAGGUGGCCGAUGGCUCGGUGGACGUGGUGGUCUGCACCCUGGUGCUGUGCUCGGUGGAGAACCAGGAGAAGCUUCUGCGUGAGGUGUGCCGAGUGCUGAGGCCGGGAGGGGCGUUUUACUUCAUGGAGCAUGUGGCAGAUGAACGGUCCACCUGGAAUUACUUCUGGCAACAGGUCCUGGAUCCCGCCUGGUACCUUCUGUUUGACGGAUGCAAUCUCACGAGGGAGAGCUGGAAGACGCUGGAGCAGGCCGGCUUCUCUAAGCUGAAGUUGCAGCACAUCCAGGCACCACUGUCCUGGGCUGUGGUGCGGCCCCACGUUUACGGGUACGGCGUGAAAUAGUGCGCCGUGGCAGGACAGAUCCGAGUGGCUCUCACAGUUCAGGGCUUCCGAUUUAGAUGUAAAAUUCACUGGGAAAGGUGAAGGCAAACUCACCCUUACAGGUUUCUGUUUAGUCAUUUCCAUAUUGUCUCCCACCAAAUCAAAACCAAAUCAAAGUAGCUUUGAGUCUCGCUCCAAAGAGGUCAAUGGUCUUUCACAGGCAUUUGACAAUGCAGCAGCGUGGGGGACUAACAGCGUGCAAACUGAAUACAUACAUACCAGCUGCGGGAAAAUCCACGCCUGACUAACACAGGAACACCCCCCACCUCGCCCCCUCCCACUCCGGCAGAGAGGAAAUAUGGACACGCUUGCUAUCCCGGGGUCACGGUCUGGCUUCUGCACUGCACAUGCUCUGGCUGGCGGCAUCUCACCAGAGCCUGUUGCCCCACACUGCA